AUGCAGCGCAACGAAGGCCGUAUCGUAUCACUCACGGCGCCCAAGAAGUCACGCACUCGCACUGGAUGCGCGCGAUGCAAGCAGCUUCAUCAUAAAUGCACGGAAGAACGACCGCGCUGUAUGCGCUGCGUCAAGUUCAACAGUUCCUGUGUGUAUGCUGAGCCACUUCGCAGUAAAGACGGCCAUCACAUCAACAACGUACGGCAAUCGACUGCAUCGGCGAGAGCGAGACAGUCAAAGCAAUGCAACAUGCACUCGACAAGCAGCGAGGGCUCACCAAACUCGAGCGGCUCGUCACCUCCCAUUGAAGUGGUUCUCUACAGCCCAAGCGAUACGAGACAACGCGAUUCGAUGGGCAUCUUUUUACAUCAAUUCGCCAACAUGGCUGAAUAUAUGAAUAGUGAGUUCAUCCGUUCAACAAGAGUCAUAUGCUAAUGACA